UUUUCCAGUUGAUUCGUUCCGUGUACGUGAUUUUAUAACCAAGGAUAUUGGUAGAAAGAAAUGGUCGGUCGGGUAGAGUAGCAGUAGGCGAGGGACCGGGGACUUGGCGAGAAGUGCGCCACUAGUUGGUUACCGCGGCCAUUACGCGAGCGGUCGAAGGCGAUCGUUGCGCGACGAUAUUGCACUAGUUUGAUUCGCGUUCACGAGACGAGAUCGAAUCAUCACUAAUCUUUUUACUUUGUGUUCAAUUUUCCAAAAUCCUGUUGGGAAAUAGGUAGCUAGAGCGUCGACAUGGGUAAGGAGAAGAUUCAUAUAAACAUCGUGGUGAUCGGCCACGUUGAUUCGGGCAAGUCGACGACUACCGGUCAUCUGAUUUACAAAUGCGGCGGCAUCGACAAGCGUACCAUCGAAAAGUUCGAGAAGGAGGCUCAAGAAAUGGGCAAGGGCUCGUUCAAGUACGCCUGGGUGUUGGACAAGCUGAAGGCUGAACGCGAGCGUGGUAUCACGAUCGAUAUCGCCCUGUGGAAGUUCGAGACUGCGAAAUAUUACGUGACGAUCAUAGACGCGCCUGGGCAUCGCGAUUUCAUCAAAAAUAUGAUCACCGGGACGAGUCAGGCCGAUUGUGCCGUGUUAAUAGUCGCGGCUGGUAUAGGUGAAUUCGAAGCUGGUAUCUCGAAGAACGGACAGACGCGCGAACACGCUUUGCUGGCGUUCACGCUUGGGGUCAAGCAGUUGAUCGUUGGAGUGAACAAGAUGGACAUGACCGAUCCUCCGUAUUCGGAGGCCCGUUUCGAGGAGAUCAAGAAAGAGGUGUCAUCGUACAUAAAAAAGAUCGGUUACAACACAGCCUCGGUCGCGUUCGUACCGAUCUCCGGAUGGCACGGCGACAACAUGUUGGAACCCUCGCCGAAGACACCGUGGUACAAGGGAUGGAAAGUGGAGCGCAAAGAUGGUAACGCUGACGGAAAGACCCUGAUCGAAGCUCUCGACGCUAUAUUACCGCCGUCCAGACCUACCGAUAAGGCUCUUCGUUUACCGCUUCAGGACGUUUAUAAGAUCGGUGGUAUCGGUACUGUACCGGUCGGUCGGGUGGAGACCGGUAUUUUGAAACCAGGUAUGCUGGUAACAUUCGCUCCAGCAGCGCUCACCACCGAAGUGAAAUCGGUCGAGAUGCAUCACGAGGCAUUGACGGAGGCGUUACCCGGGGACAACGUUGGCUUCAACGUGAAGAACAUUUCUGUGAAAGAGUUGAGGCGUGGUUACGUGGCGGGAGAUUCGAAAAAUCAACCGCCACGGGGGGCAGCCGAUUUCACAGCGCAGGUGAUCGUCCUCAAUCAUCCUGGGCAGAUAAGCAACGGUUAUACACCGGUGCUCGAUUGUCACACCGCUCAUAUCGCUUGCAAAUUUGCGGAGAUCAAGGAGAAAUGCGACCGCCGUACCGGCAAGACCACCGAGGAGAAUCCGAAGAGCAUCAAGAGCGGAGACGCCGCGAUCGUGAUGUUGCAACCUACUAAGCCGAUGUGCGUCGAAGCUUUCCAGGAAUUCCCUCCGCUUGGUCGCUUCGCGGUUCGCGACAUGCGUCAGACCGUCGCUGUGGGCGUCAUUAAGAGUGUCACCUUUAAAGAUACCCAGGGCAAGGUCACAAAGGCCGCGGAGAAAGCCCAGAAGAAAAAGUAACCAUCAAGCUUCCUCGGAAGCUCGCAGUCCGCCGGCUGGUGCCCGACGAGUGUCUCCUCCGCGAUGAGGUCCUUGGAUAGGAUGCAGUGUGCCGCGGCUGCUCCAUUCAACUCAUACUCGACUAAUAAUAAUAAUACAAAAAAUGAAAAGAUGUUGUGCUUACCCCCGUUACAUUAUCCGGUAGUAUUGAAUCCGCGCAUCUAUCCGAAUUUGCACAUUCAGUUCACCCAUGCCCCGCGCACACCCCACAUAUGCUAGGUGGAUUCUUACGUUUUUACUUAAUUCUUUACAUUGACGAAUAUGUGUCCAAUUACAGGUAAACAACCAUUUAAAGAUGAUAAACGUAUAUAAAGUAAAAAAGAAAAAAAAAAAAAAAAAAAAAAAAAAAA